CUGUCAACAAUAAAUGUUAUUGACAUUUGCUUAUCAUAUUUCUGUGCAAUUCUGUUUCUGAAAAAAUAUGUUUUUAGUGUUACUUGAACCCACUUAAAUAUUAAAACGAUUUGUUACUGUACGCUUACUAGUUUGAAACUCUACUAGUAUAAAAAGCGGCAUACCUUAAUUCAGUAUCAUAGUAAUCAUCUACAAUGCGGAUUAAAUUUCGGAACAUACUUUUAUUACUGUCUGUAGCAAUUGUUUACGUCGUUGCAGAUGAUUUUAAAGAAGAAAUAUUCAUUAAGCCUUUACCGCCGACUAAUCUUUACGUUUUUUUCCAAUUUAUUACUCAAAAUGAGGAAACAUCAUUUGAACAUUCCCACUUAGCGCCACGAUCCCUAGGCGAAAUUAUGUCUCGUUACGAAGUUGAUGAGCUACAUCUAACAUUGACAGAAGGCCAAUGGAGACACAAUAAAUGGGGCUAUCCUAUUUUAGAUGCAUCUUCUGGUGCAGAGCUUUACGCGUGGUUUUCGCCCACUGUCACUGAUGUUGACACUCAAUGGAGGAAGUUGAGUGCUACUCUUUCUGGACUAUUUUGUGCUUCGCUCAACUUUAUUGAUAAUUUUAAUACUGUAACACCACAGAUGGCCAUGUGGCCUAUGGGGGCAAUAAAAGCCAAUAAGAAUGUUACAUCACAACUAAGAUAUGCUACAUUGCCAAGAGAAAUAGUUUGCACAGAAAAUUUGACACCAUGGAAAAAAUUAUUACCAUGUGAGUCGAGCCAUGGAUUUGCAACACUGCUUAAUUCAAGAAUGAUUCACAACACUAAUUACCAUUCCAUAGGAGUACAUGUUAGAAAAAUUUGCAAAGCUGAAGACUGCUCUGAAAUAAACCUAGAAAUAAAGCAAACUGUUGCUUUAGUGUAUGACUUAAAAAUUAUAAACAGUAUAGAUUGGUCAUUUAGAAAACUGUUUGGUCAAGGUUUACCAGGACCUUGUCCAUUGUCGUCAUCUAGCAAAAUAUAUGUGGAUGUGACCUCAAAUGAUACAUUUCCAUUCAAAUUAAAUCCUUUGCCAGACAAUGUUAUAUUAUCAAAAAGAGGAGGCAGUGAUACAACAUUAGCAAUCUAUAAUAUCAUACAAACAAAUCAUAUGAUAAACAUUGGAGCUGAAUAUGGUACAAAAGAUAAAGUUCUGGUAACAAUACCACCACCACUAACAUUUAACCGAUAUGUACUUGGUUAUGGCAAAGAAUUUGGUGGUAUAGUUACAGAAAUAAAAAACAACUACUGGGCACCAAUUGAUAUUGUUUUAUUAGAAAAUGCACCCUGGUGGCUGCCUAUCCAACUGAGCUCUCUAAGAAUCAAUGGAGAAGCAAAAAGUAAGCUAGUCAAAUCUCUGUACUAUUCUCCUGGUAGAAGUCGACAGAAGCCUUAUCAUCUAGAACUCCUUAUGCAAUUACCUCCAAAGUCUACCACAACAAUAACAAUUGAUUUUGAAUUUGUGUUUUUGAAAUGGCAAGAAUAUCCUCCAGAUGCCAAUCAUGGAUUUUAUAUUGGUUCAGCUUUGAUUUCUGCAAAUCUACCAACCGCCAGAAAUUACACCAGCUUACCUCUUACUGGAAGUACUAUUGAUUCAGUAAUCAAUGCAUCAAAACCAUGGUAUCCAGCCAUAUUUAGAACUAAUGGGGCAAUGGUUUCAUUACCAACUCCUGAUUUUAGUAUGCCAUAUAAUGUGAUAUGCCUUGCAUGUACAGUUGUAGCUUUGGCCUUUGGUCCUCUACAUAAUAUUUGCACUAAAGAACUUGUACUAAAAGCUGUAGGCAGCCCUAUAUCUUUACGACAGAAGAUAAUGAACUUGUUUAAAAGGAAGCAGGAUUAGUAUUAUUGUUAUUAGUUGCAAUUUACCAAAUAAUUAUUUAAUAAAC